AUGAACAACAGUGCUGUAGACACAAACUACCACUUAUUCUAUGGCUUUAACGAUCCUGAAGGACAAAGUAUAGCAUUAACAGCUAUAAGUGUUGUUAAACCGAUAUUAAAUCGCAAAGAAUUAUUCCUGUUUGACAAAACGUCGCGCACAACUGGAUAUAGCGGAAUGGUAUCAGCCAGACAGUUACACUUUAUCUGCGGACCAUAUCCCGAAUUACAUAUUGAAAAUAACAUACUAUUCGAUAAAGUUGUGCAAACAGGUAUUAUGCCUGUUCUUCUAAUGAUGUUAAUUGUGCUCAGCAGUUUAACAUUCGCUGUAUUAACUCGAUCAACAAUGCAAACACCUGUAUAUGCAGUUCUUUUAGGUAUAACAAUAGCUGAAAUGUCAAAUGGAUUGUUGCCACUGCCAAUGUAUUUAUUGAGAGCAUUUUAUGAUGGUUACACUCAUAAUACAGAACAUCGUCAAAAUACUAAUGAAGAUGAAAUUAAAUCUAAAAUAAAUUGUUUCUGUUGCAUUACAACCAGCAAAUUACAUGCGUUUUUAUUUACAAACCAAAAUCAUGGUAAUUUUCAUACUAAUCUCCAUAAAAAUAUUUCCUUGGAUGCUAUCGAUAACAAUGAUGACAAUCAAAUUCAGAACAAAGGUUUCAAUGUAGCUGCAGUUCGACGAAAAUCUCAGGUUACUGAGUUGUUCUGUGUAUCUAAUAUGUUAAUAGUUCUGCUUAUAAAAUUUAUACUCAUACACCUACCUAUUGCUCUAGUUAUUUUUAUAUACACAAUUAAAUUGAUGCAGAACAGAAUAUAUGGACGGCCUACCAGUACCCAUUCCAAUGGCGUUGUACAAGAGUUUAUACCAAUUAUAAGAAGCAGUAAUCAUACUAUUUUAUUACCUUAUACAGUAAUGGAAUUAGUCAGUGAACUUGAUCGUGUAAAUGCUGCGAUCAAUGUCAGUGAAGCGCAUACCAACAUAAUAUGGUUGCGUGUUGUAACAAUUUGUAAUCUUUUAAUAUUGUGUUCAUAUCUAUUGAAUUUUUUGGUAUUUUGGACAAUGUCAACACAAUUUCGUACACAGUUUCGUAAUUUAUUUCAAUGUAGAUGGAUAAAACGUUUGUGUAGCAAAAAAUGA